AUGAAUGCACCAGGUGCUGCCUCGGCCUCGGCCUCACCACCCGACAGCCAUCAACGGUGGCUCGCGAAAAUAAAUCAUCUACAGUACCUAUCGUCCAAGAAACGCCAACCUAUUGCUGUUUGGAACGAGGCCGGGGUACAGUAG